UUAUGGAAGAUUGCAGGCCCUUGGGUUUUUUGAUAGGGUUACCCUUUGCUUUUGUUUCUUUGAUCUUAUCUCUUGUCGGAGCUGUUGUUUGGACAAUUGGGUCGGUGUUGACUUGUUUGUGUCCCUGUUGCAUAUGUUGUGCCGGACUCGCAAAUUUAGCGGUGAGCCUCGUGAAGCUCCCAAUUAAAAUAAUUAAGUGGUUUAUUGAUUUGAUUCCUUGCUGA